CCCCGGGCGGGGAGGGAGCGAGGGGAGCCGGCCCUGCCCCGGCCUUUGCAUAGCGGGCAUCGCUUCCGAGCGCGGCUUCCUCCCGCUCCUCCUCCUCCUCCUCCUGCUGCUGCUGCCCGCCCGGCAUCGCCAGCAUAUUCAUCGCCCCGAGCGGCACAGGCGGCAUUGGCUCGGGCCGGUGCUUCUCAGUGAAGAAAAGAUAAUUCAGAGAGACCAGAGAUGCCUUGGCCGAGCAGAAAGAGAGACAAAGGAGCAGUAGCAGAUAAAAAAGAACCUGAUGCUAAAAUUGCCAAAACUGAGGAGGAGACUUCGGAUAAGGAGGAAGAAAAGUCUUCAAAACCUCCAGCUGGGAGCUCUAAGUCAGGAUGGAAGAACUGGAAGAAAAAAGAAUCUGAGUCUGGUGGGGAAGAAAGCAAGAUCACAUAUUGUCACUGGCUGCUGAAAUCAGAGCCUGAGAGCAGGCUGGAGAAGGGGGUGGAUGUGAAGUUCAGUGUUGACGACUUGAAAGCUCAGCCUAAUCAGACAACCUGCUGGGAUGGAGUAAGGAACUACCAGGCAAGGAAUUUCCUGAGAUCCAUGAAACUUGGGCAGCAGGCCUUCUUCUAUCACAGUAACUGCAAAGAGCCUGGCAUUGUGGCCCUUGUCAAGAUUGUAAAGGAGGCAUAUCCUGAUCACACACAGUUUGAUCAGAAGGAUCCUCAUUAUGACUCCACCAGCAGAAAAGAGAACCCCAAAUGGUCCAUGGUGGAUGUGCAGUUUGUGAGGAUGACCAAGCGCUUCAUCCCCCUCUCGGAGAUCAAGGCUCACCACCUGGCACACAAAGCAAAUGGGGGGCCCCUCAAGGACAUGAUGCUCUUCAGCAGGCAACGUCUGUCCAUCCAACCCCUGACACAAGAGGAAUUUGAUUUUGUCUUGAGUCUGGAAGAGGAAAAGCCACGUUAAAGCAGCCCAGCUCCCUCCCAGCCUGCUGAUGCCUCCUCCUCCUCCACCAGCACAACUCUCAAGUUCACCUGCUCAAGCACAGCACCACGAAUGUGCCCACACAAGAUCUGCAGCCACACGUCCCUUCCCCUCACACACUUAUUUUUGCUUAUUUUUUCAAUAAAUAAAGC